AUGAGGUUUACUAUUCUAUCUUUCAAAGAAAAAUAUGAAAAAUCAGAUGCUAAUUUGGAAGAAGAAAAGUGUUCUUGCAAUUUCGCAAACAAGAAUUCAGGAAUGGCUAAGACAAGGAGUAUGACUAGAAACCAUAAUCAUGAUGAUGAUGCAUCAUCAUCAUCAAGCAGGAAGAGGUUCAAGACUUUUGACAAGGGUGGUGUGGCACCUUGGUCAAAUCUUAACCAUGAUGUGCUUUUUUUAGUUAUGAUGGAACUAGGAAUGGUUGAUUUUCUUGCAUUCGGUGGAGUUUGCAAGUCUUGGAGGUCAUUUGCAGUAUCUAACAAGAACAUGUUUAUGGCAUCUAAACCACCCAUGAAGACAUGUAUCGACCCCCAUGAUAAUAACAAAGACUUCUAUUUUUACAUGGAGGAUUUCCAAGGAAGAAGGUUCAAAACAAUCAUUCCCCAUUCUGCUGCAGGUAAACGAGGAUGGAAUCAUGUCUCUUGCACUCAUCCCAUUGACUCGCCUCUCGCCAUUGUUGAUUUACAUGUUUUUAAGGGGAAGAUAUAUACCCUACAGUCUGAUUUUUCUUUAGCUGAAUUGAGACUCGAUCCGAAUCAGGAGCAAAAAUGGACAUUACUAGAAAUCAACAAUUUCCCGAAGCCGGAUCUGUUACAUCUGGAGCUUGUAAGUUCGGGUGAAAACCUUUAUGUGAUAAGUCGCAUUUCAGCAUUGAACAAGGUUAUGGAACUAGAUUUUGUCAAAAUGAAAUGGGUGAAGCCAGAAAAGAUAAUAAGAGAAUAUGUAUUCUUUCAUAGCCGGUUGAAGUCUUCUGCUGCUAUUAAACGGACACAAUACAAGAGCUAUGAUUACUUCAAUGGCACUGCUGAACGUCAACAACGCAUGCUAUUUUAUGCUACGAUGUGGUACUUCCCCCAUGAUUGUUUGAAUGUUAAUCUCUUAGAUGAUUGA